CGCUCAAAGUGUUGUGGAACGGGUCUUUAUGGCAACAAAAAAAAAAACUCACAUGAAGGUAGCUAGCGAGCAUACUUGGUUAUUGUGAAGUUUCAGCAAAUAGAAUGUGUUAGUGAGUGACAUUUUGUCACAGCAAGUAUGAAUAUUAGUUUAUCCGACACUGAAUUUGUGGCAGCCUCCGAAGCCGGAGAUUCUGAAGGAGAUGCCGACUUUUACCUUGACAGGGAGGAGAGUAGAGCAGUUGAACACAGUCACCCAGCUGAGCUCAGAGGGAACAGCUUCCAGGAACAGGAAACGGAACCACAUCAGCACCAGAAAGACUACAUCUCCCACGAUGCACAAGGCCCCUAUGAAACGAGCGAAGACCAGCCCAGUGAGGACCAGCUGGAGGAGGGAGGGAGGGAGGAAGAAAAGAGGGAGGAAGGAGGGCGAGAGGAGGGAGGGAAAGGUGACCCUGGCCAUGGCCCACAGGAGGAACGUCCUUGGGGAGUCUGGGAUCCACGUGGCUGUGAUGAACGGAGAUACUGAGAAGGUCCGAGCCUUCCUCCGGCUGGGCCCCAACGUCAACAUGACUGAUAACGCCGGCUGGAGCCCUCUGCACGAGGCUGCAUCCAGGGGCCACUAUGACAUCAGCAUGGUGUUGAUCUCAGCUGGAGCUCUGGUAAAUGCUGCUGCCGACGCUGACAUCACACCCCUCCACGACGCCGUCCGGAACCAACACCUGCAGGUUGCAGAGCUGCUGUUGCGUGCCGGGGCUGACCCCCUGCUGGGAGAUACAGGAGGACAGACAGCCUACAACGUCGCCUCAGACCUCUCUCUGCUCAGGCUCAUGGAAAGACACGCCCCUAAACACAAGAGAACACAACUGACAGCUUUAAAGAAAGCAAAAAACUCAGAGACCAGGAACAGUGAAGGCAGGAUGUCAGAUGACGAGCAGGGAAGCAGAGGUCAUCUCCGCUCAGCUCAGCCCCAGACCCAGCAGAUCCAGACCCAGCAGAUCCAGACCCAGCAGAUCCAGACCCAGCAGAUUCAGACCCAGCAGAUCCAGACCCAGCAGAUCCAGAUCCAUCAGAUCCAGACCCGGCUCUGCUCAGCCCAGGCCCAGCCCUAG